GUGGUAGUCAAGUUGGAUGAGGAGAAAGCUUCAGUUGAUCUCCGAGUCGCUUCUCCAUAAAAUUAUGGGGAUCGGCCGAGGAGUCCGAUAACUCCGUCAUCGCUCCUCCGAGAAAACCAAAAGAAUUUCCCGCGAACAAGUGAUUCAUUUCGUCCACCUUCUGUCGACCAUCCAUGCCAGGAGAUGACUUCUAGUUUCGUCAUUUGAUAUAACUGUACUGUCUUACUCCUGAACAGACACAAUCCAGCUCUCGUUCCCCCGGAAAGUGUGACUUUCCCCCCAACGCCACUUGUUUCGAUACUUUGUGAAUAACUUCUUGCAAUCGAUGAUCUUUCCCCGGGAGAACCUCAUCGAUCCAGUCAUCUUAUUGUAAUUAAUGCUUGAGUCUGUUCGCGACUAUAGCCUCCAAGGACCAAAGCAUUCGGACUAGCGGCUUGAGGCACUAAAGCCGAAGACGAUUACGUUUUUGGAUCUACCGAACCUCCCUUAAGCUUGGCGAUUUGUAUCUUCUCUGCUUUGCUGCCGUUGUUAUACAUAAGUCUACUCGCUCUCAGGCUUUUCUCCACUCUUUGCGCUUGCAACUCAGUCAUCAUGACUGUGCCGGCAUUACAGCGGGACACUGCCUUCCAGGUGCGAUCCUUGUUUCGCUCCUUGCUCCGUCAGUCGUCUCAGUUCUCCAAUUAUAACUUCCGCGAGUACGCCCGUCGGCGCACGAGGGACGCUUUUCGUGAACACCAGCGUGAGGCAGAAGACAGGAGGGUACAAGAAUUGAUUCAGGAAGGCCUACAGAAUUUGCGGAUGAUGAAGAGGCAAACCGUCAUUAGCCAGUUCUUCCAAAUGGACAGGCUAGUUGUAGAGGGCCAAAAGACGGGAAAGCAAACCGGAAGAGAAGGGGAUAUCGUUCGCCAGAAGGAUACUGGUUGGGAUUAGUUGGAUCAAGGCAUUUACGGUUGGAAAAAAGCACCUGGUAGAUAACAGGAGGUAACAGUGCUGCGCUGGCUUGAUCUCCAAACACGAUGGCGACAGAGGAUGAUUCAAUAGACUUGAAGUGUUUCCUGUAUUAUUAAUGAAACAGAUCCAUAUGUAGGUAUCGCAACCUUUUCAUUUUC